GAGGCUGAGGUCAGCGCCUUUCCCAUUCCAAACACCCAGAAACAUCAGUGGGAAGGGAGGGGAUUCAGAUUACAACCUUCCCGUCCUCCCCUUCCACCCCACUCGCCCGCUCGCCGUGCCGGCAGGGAGCCAGGGAUGAACUGAGCCCCUCUCGCCGAGGGACGCUGCUGCCACCGUGUCCCCAGCGCCCCGGGAGCCGAGCAGCGGCGAUGGAUGGAGGCAGCGGGCAGCAUCGCUGGUGGUCCGGCGGGUGCUGGGCGUGCUGAAGGGCAGCGGUUUGGUCCUCUCCUCCUCCUCCUCUUUGUCCCCCCGCCCGCCCGCCUUCUCCCUCAUCCCCUCCAUCCUGAAUGUGAUUUAUCCCGAGCCCUCACCAGCAAGCCAGGCCGGCGGUGCGGGGUGGCCAGAUGCCUCCUUGCGGGAAUUUCGGCCGCCCGGGCCGGGGCCGGCAAGCGGGUGGGCAGCAGCGUGUCCCCACGGGCGUCCUGCUCCUCCUGCCUUUGGUGGUGGCGGCGGCCGGGCUGAGCCUGCAGCCGGGCAGGAUGCGGCACCUGGGGGUCUGCCCCAACCAGCUGAACCCCAACCUGUGGGUGGACGCGCAGAGCACCUGCGAGAGGGAGUGCCAGGCCGACCAGGACUGCGAAGGCUUUGAGAAAUGCUGCACCAAUGUGUGCGGGCUGCGGAGCUGCGUGGCCGCCCGCUUCGCCGACGGCAGCCUGCCGGCACUGGCACUGGCACCCGCGGCCUCCUGCGAGAGCUUCGUGUGCACGCAGCAGGGCUCCGACUGCGACAUCUGGGACGGGCAGCCCGUCUGCAAGUGCAAGGACCGGUGUGAGAAGGAGCCGAGCUUCACCUGUGCCUCUGACGGGCUCACCUACUACAACAAGUGCUACAUGGAUGCAGAAGCUUGCAUCAAAGGCAUUACACUGAAUGUAGUCACCUGUCGGUACCAUCUUACCUGGCCAAACACCAGCCCUAUCCCACCAGAAACAACAGCUCGCCCUACUACUGCCUAUUCUGAGACAACGGUCAUUGAUAUCUUGCCACCUGCUCUAGUGAACAACCCUGUCCAUCAGUCCGUCUACGUGGGAGAGACCGUCAGCUUCCUCUGCGAUGUUACAGGGAGACCCAAGCCAGAAAUCACGUGGGAGAAGCAGGUCGAUGGGAAAGACAAAGUCAUUAUGAAGCCAAAUCAUGUCAGAGGGAAUGUCGUGGUCACCAACAUCGCCCAGCUGGUCAUCUACAACACCCAGCUCCAAGACGCAGGCAUCUAUACCUGCACCGCCAAAAACAGCGGUGGCCUUCUCAGGGCUGAUUUCCCUUUGUCAGUCAUCAAAGGAGAACCCACAUCCAAAGAAGCUUCCCAAAACAAAACACAUUUUCCAACCGAUGAGUGCCUGAAGCAACCAGACAGCGAAGACUGUGGGGAAGAACAGACCAGGUGGUACUAUGAUGCAAAGAAAAACAACUGCUUUACUUUCAUCUAUGGGAACUGUAACAGCAACCUCAACCACUUUGAGACCUAUGAGAACUGUAUGUUAACAUGCAUGAACGGCCCAAUCAACAUUUGCAAUCUGCCAGCCCUCCAAGGUCACUGCAAGGCCUACGAGCCCAGAUGGGCCUAUAACAGCUUGACAAAGCAGUGCCAGUCCUUCAUUUAUGGUGGAUGUGGGGGCAACGAGAACAACUUUGAGAGCCGGGAGGCCUGUGAAGAGAUGUGCCCUUUCCCGAAGAACACGCACUGCAAAGCUUGCAAACCACGCCAGAAGCUGGUGACGAGCUUCUGCAAAAGUGACUUUGUUAUCCUGGGCCGUAUAACAGAGCUGACCGAAGACCAAGACUCAGGACAUGCCCUGGUGACAGUGGAGGAGAUUCUCAAAGAUGAAAAAAUGGGAUUAAAAUUCCUGGGGAAGGAACCACUAGAAAUCACACUUUUGAACAUGGACUGGAGCUGCCCAUGUCCCAACAUGACCACAGUGGAUGGCCAGCUCAUCAUCAUGGGAGAUGUCCACAACGGCAUGGCUGUCCUACAGCCAGACAGCUUUGUGGGCACCUCCAGCAUCCGGCGCGUGCGGAAACUCCGCGAAGUCAUCCACAAGAAAACCUGUGAGCUUUUGAAAGAGUUCCUAGGAUUGCAUUAACCUCCUCCACACGUGUCAGCCUUCCAGACCCGUGUGUUAUGUAGGGCUAACAAGCGCUAGGCUAGUGCACAAACUAAACAAGCUGUUUGAAGAUACACCGUAGGAAUUAUGCAGAACCCUUAUUUUAAUCCAUUAAUGAUGCUUAGCAACAAUGUAGUAUGGUCUUUGGCAAGCACGUAAAACAGCAGCAAAAGGCUAUUAAUCUUGCAUUGAAAUCAAUUUGUCCAUAUAGGAGUGCCAUUUAACUAGAUGACUCACUGCAGUAAUUAUACAAUUUUUAUGUAGCUUCCAUCAUAAAUGACGGAAUUCAUAGCAUUUGUUUAGCUAAUUGGUACACAGCUAAGUAAUAUAUAAUGUCAACCUAAUCUGCCUCAUUUACAGUAUGGAAAUGCUAUGGUAAGCCAUUAUAAAAAAGUCACACUUGUGUCCUUAUAGCAGCACUAACAUUUCAAGACAAAAGCCUGUAAAUUAUUGUCUAUAUUUACAGUUGUGCACAUUUAACCGAUAUAUGCAUUAUGAAUUGAAAUUUUCUUAGCAGUUUUCUUUGGAAUGUACCUUGUUUUUAAAUGGCAACUACUACCUACCUUUCAAUCCUUACUGGAGAAGAAACUCCCUUGAUCCUAUGCCCAGGACAACAGGUCCCUGUAGAAGCUCAAGGCACAGUCUCACCCCAAAAUGACUUUUCUGUCAUCAGAACAAGGUUAGCAAAGACCCUCCUUCCACUGCCCUUCCGUAUUUUUGUUUUCAUCAAUAUAUUGUCUAUAACAAACAGUCCAAGGCAGACAGCAGUUUGCUGCCAGUUGUCUUGCUUUUGAAAAUCCUUUACACCUGAGCAUAUGCAGCAAUUUAUUGCUUAUUUUCAUUAGAAAUCCUGCUUUUAUAGGUGAGAGAGUAAAGUAAGAGGAGUCAGAACAAAAUUCAAAAUAGAAAAAUGCAAUACGCCGUCUGCAGACCGUAUUACACAGGCACAAAGCUGCUGCAACUGAACUGCACAGACACAGGCACACAUAGUGAACGCUCUUUAAAGCCAUUUAUUAAUUUGACCCUUUUAGAGCACUCUCGGAAGCCACAGAAAAAACUUUCUGCCAGGGCACUGUAUAUAUGCAUAUGAAUAAAUAUCCUAAGACAGCACGGGCUGUCGGUGUGAGCACGUGCAAACACAUAGGAUCGAUCAUUUUAACAUUCGUGUGUCCAAGAAUGUAACAUUUGCCUAUUCAAAAAAUCCUUAAAUAAAGAAAAAGCUGAUCCUGGAAAAUUCCUGCCUCCGCUAAGGCCUGUCAUUGCAGGGAGGAGGGGUGAGCGUGGCACGGCCAGCCUUAUCAUUGCUCUUCCUUCGGUUGGCGCAGGGAGUUACCACGGCGGUGCCCAGAGCUUUGUGCCUUGCACAAAAGGCCAGUUCAAGGCUGGAUGGGUGUCAAGGCACGUUUGGGUGCGAGGAAGGAAGGUGCAGCGAGCGCUACUCCGUGGUGCCAUCUAACGGGCUCGCUGCGGGGUGAGCGGCAGGACGGUGCCUGCUGCCCGGCGGCGGAUGCGCGUCUCAUUUUGCAGAUGUGUGCUGGAGCUGGGCAUGGUAAGGGCUGGGGGAAGGAGAUUGAUUAGGCAGGUGCUGGGCUUCAGCAUGAUGCACAAGGCUCUAAACCCCCCAAAGUCUGCACACGUUGGGUAUUUUGGAGUUGCAGGGAGGAAGAAUAACAGUGAGGGUGAGAGCGUUGACCGUGGGGCCAGCUGUGGUUUCUGUGAAGGUUUUCCAUGACCUGCAGCAGCCACGGGCAGAGACCACAGCAUGGUGGAAACUGGGCUCCUCUCCUAGUGGUCUAGGCUUGGGUUAUGUCCGAAAUGCUCUGGCAACAGGAACAGAUCUGAAUCUCCAGUUAUUUCUAUAAUUUCAGAAGA